AUGUCAAUUUUCAGAGCUAUUUGGCAACAAGGGCUUCACUUAUCAGAAAUAGCAGAAAAGGAGCUCAAUAAACUUAAUGCAAGACUUUUGGAAGAAUCAGAAAGUACAACUGACUCCUCUAUAUUGACAACAAUCCAAUGUAUAAGUACUGCUUCAAAUGCGUAUCAUAGUGGUAUUAGACCCACUUUAUUUGCUAAGGAGACUCAAACAAAAAUAUCAAUUUACUCAGCGGAGUUCAUUGAGAUGUCUUCAAUAAUGCUGCAACGUUUUUCCCUGAUUAUCAAUGUGUUAUAUCUCACGACAUCUUCAAUCAUUUCAGCAAGCGUAUUCAAGGCGAUGAUAUCUAUACCAUUGGUGGCAGUAAUAUUUACUAUGAUAUGUGUCUGGUUGGAAAAGUUGUUGAGCAAGCAAGUACCGACAAAGCCGAUAAAUGAAGAAGAAUCUUUGGAUAUUUCUGUAGAAGAAUCUGAUGAUAGCAGUAGCACCGACGAAAGGAGGUAUUCAGGGAGUAUAGACUCUGAAGUACUCUAUCAGGGAGACACGAGCUUCAGCAUUCAUAGACAAAGCACCAACCUAGGAGAAUCCAGGAUAGAGAAUUUCAGCCAUCAGGUAGCUGAUAAAACACCUGAAACUCCAACCCAUAAAACAACAAGGCAAUUCAUGCAUCCUUCUCUCUUGGGUAAAUUGAAUUCCCAAAUUAUGGAGAACCGGAUUCAGCUGAAGGAGUAUAAAAUAGCUGUUAAUAUUGGGAAUCCUAUAUCCAGUUCCAAAAUUGUUUUGCAGAAUGAAGUAGAAGAUAAAGAAGAAAGCUACAAUCACGGUUUUGGAAUCAGUGAUCUGUAUAAUAUAGGAUUCCCAGCUUAUCAUGUUCCUAGAUUCCAGACCAAAGAACGCAACACACUAGGACACAGUAUUCAAGAUGAAUUGGACAAAAUCUCUAGAGGAAUACAGAAAGACAUGGAUGACCAGGAACAUGAACUUGAUUCGCUUUUGUUGGAAUAUGAUAAGCGUAUUGCUGAAAAAACCAACAUAAACCAAAGAGUUCGUGACGCACAUUUACGGGAAAUUGUUAAUUCAGAAGUGCAAAAGGAUCUAUUGAAAUUCUUCUUCCCAGAAGAAGAACUAGUGGAGGUGGAAUAUUCCCUCGUAAUUGACAGAAACCCAAGACAUCAGUUUGAUCAAGACAUGAAAUCAUGGAAUGUAGAAAUGAUAAAAAGGUUCAGGUUUUUUGUUAGUCAUAAGAGUGAAGAUGAAGAAGCCGAGGAGUAUGCAGAUAUCAUUAAGGAACUGAUGGCUCUGUUUAUUUUUCUCCUCAAUCCGAAGGAUUUGGAUUCGGUUCUCACUAAUGAAUUGGUAUGUUUGAUCAGAGAUAUCAUUACUUAUGCUGAGGAUGAGGCCAUAAACGUGGAACAUGUGGUCCUAUUUUUAUAUAAAUUGCUCCUAUUACUGCAACAAUCAGAGGUCCAUUAUAAGAUAGCAUCCACCAAUUUCAUGGUGGUCAUAUGCGUCUUGAAACAAGAGGAGUUUUCACACAUUUUCAAUGAACUUAUCAAUUCUGAAGUUAGCAAGCUUGGACUUAAAAUCUUAGUCCAAGGUUUCAAGUAUUAUAUAAGCUUUAAUGGCGAUGACUUGGAUUCUUAUCAGAUGGCUGGUUUUCAGCAUUUGUUCAUGGAUAUUAUGAGCCAGUUCAAAGACAAAAGCGGCUUCAACUCCACUGAUAUCAGAAUAGAAAUAUCAGAUAUUAUUGAAAUUUUCAACCACUUCCAUAUUCUGAUUGACCUAUCAGCAUUUGCUGUUGGAGAUAUGGCACAAAUAUAA